GAGAAUGAAACCUCAAAAUUAAUUUUGAUUCUUUUUGUUCAUGCAACUGUGUGCCGUUGCAAAUUUAUCAUGCAGGUUCGAGUAGAAUUUUGAGCCAGUCUUGUUUUCUGGAGGGCUCUUUUCAUAAAUGUCCUAUUCCAUGGAAAUCCUCAGAGAAAAAUCGGGAUGGAAAAUCGAGGCAAAAGAAACCGUUAGGUACUAGGGGGUUUUAAAAUCCGAAGCCAUCUCUUUGCUCAGUGCUAUUUCUGAAAAGGCCAAAUACAUUAACACGCCACACUGGGAAUAAAUUUUUCUCUUUUGCCGUGACGAAACGGAACAUUAGAAAAGCAGGAUUAAGAGCGUGCUUGAACGAUGGCGGCGGGGAAGUGGAGGUGUAGUGGGAGGCGGAUGCGGAUCUCUGCCCUGCUGUUGCUACUGGCGGCUUCGUCGCUGGCACUGGAGUUCGACGGCCUGCCGGGACAGUGGGCACGUUAUGGGCGUUGGGAGGCUGGUGCUACAGGUGAACUGAGCUUUGCAAUGAAGACCAACGUGAGUGAGUCCGUUCUCCUUUACCUGGAUGAUGGUGGCAACUGCGAUUUUCUGGAACUGCUCAUCAGUGAUGGUCGCCUGCUCCUUCGGUUCGCCUUGCAUUGCGGCGAACCAGCUACGCUCCACAUGGAGACACGUGUCAGCGACCAGCGCUGGCACCGGGUCCAACUGGUGCGCAACUACCGCCACACCACGCUGACAGUGGACAGUGAGGCCAAGGUGGCCGAGGUCAAAUCCAAGCGUAAGGAGAUGGUUGUGGCAAGUGACCUUUUCGUGGGUGGAAUUCCUCCCGAUGUACGCCUUUCCGCUCUUACCUCCAGCACCGUCAAGUACGAGCCUCCGUUCCGUGGCCUGCUCGCCAACCUGAAGACAGGAGAAACCAGCCCUGUUCUUCUGGACAGCCAGGGUGUGAAGAUUGACCUGGAGUACCUUUGCACCAAACAGAACCCCUGCAGCAACGGAGGACACUGCUCCGUCUACCAGAGCGACGUUGUGUGUGACUGCACCAACACCGGUUUCAAGGGAAAGUACUGCACUGAAGCUGUUCAGCAAGUGUUAGAAGGUCUGGCGCACCUGAUGUUAAAGAGCCAAGCCCCAGGACCUGCUCCACUGAAGGCCACUGCAGCUGCAGGUAAAGCUCUUCUGAUCUCCCUCUCACGCUGGUUGGGUCCUGCUGUGCUUCAGUCAGUCUCUCACUGCCCACAGAAUGCACAGGGCCCAUGCUCUGGGGGCAUUCUAGCUGUUUGGCUUUCCUAGAUCUUUUAGUUAUA